CUUGCUUGAUCUGCUGCUUCCUUCUCAUGUGGUGAGCUCGAUCUUCCGCAGUCAAUCUUUGCUUGCAUGCUUGCCGCAAUCAGAACACAAAAGUUUGGUCUGCUUGCUUGCUUGAUCUGCUACUUUCCUCUCAUAUGGUGCCACAAUCUCAGUUUUUUUAGGUAAUUUGUGCUUUAGUUUGUCAUUAAAACGACAAGAACUGAUGUAAGAAAAUGUUCCUUAGAUUAAUGUCACCUAGGCAUGCAUUUGCUUCUGCUAUGCAUAUCAGAACAAUAACCUGUUAUCUUCUUGGUAUUCUUUGCGAUUUAUUGGCAGAGUAGUGAGUAUUGUAGGCAAAAUAGACCAAUAUAUAAUGAAAAAAAUGGUGCCCUAAGACUGCUUAUUUAUCACUGCCAUGUCUAUAUUUUUGCACUAAAGUGAACAAAUACAUAUUUGUCACUGCCAUGUACUAUAUCAAAGACUGCUUAUGUGUUGAUGUCAUGCUAUAUUUUUGGAGAUAUUAUAAUCAAUAUUUUGGACAGCAAGAUGGCCGAUUGGAAUGAUGAAAAUACUAGGAUACUUUGUGAGUUAUGUGCUGAACAAGUGAAGGCUAAUAAUCGAUCAGGAACCCACUUGAACAAAAUUGGGUACGACAAUGUAAUGGCCAAGUUUACAGAGAGGACCAGCAUAUCUUAUGACAAGCUACAAAUUAAAAAUAAAUGGGAUAAACUGAGACAAGACUAUACCAAUUGGAAGGUUUUGCUCAAGGAGACGGGUUUAGGCUGGGAUAAUGAAAGAAAAACUGUUCGAGCUUCAGAUGCUUGGUGGAAGAAGAAAACAAAAGAAGUCAAAGGAAUCACCAAGUUUAAAGAUCGAGGGCUUCAAAAUGAAGAUUUGUUGGCUGAAAUGUUUGAAGAUAUUCGGAACAGUGGAGAUGAUCAUUGGUGUCCUUUAAGUGAUGUCGUACCCCAAAGUCCAGCUCAUGAAAUACAUGUGUUCAAUCAAGAUGAGGAGGAUGGUGGUGAUAAGGAUGAUGAAAGUGCUGCCGAGGAGGUUACACCUUCUUGUGGGCAAGGAAAGAGACGUCGAGUGCCUGAGAAGGACAAAGGUAAAAAAUCAAAGACUACCAGAGGACAAUGGAUGGAAGAACAAUUUUAUUACAUUGUGUCAUUGAAUGAGAAGACAAGUGCAUCUUGUGAGUCUAUGGCAAGAAGGGAGGACACAUCUGGGUGUGCAAUCAAGGAUGUCAUGGCAUUGGUGAAGGAGUGUGGUGCUAAGGCUGGUUCAAAGGAGCACUUCAUAGCUACUCAAGUAUUUACCAAGAAGGCUGAAAGAGAGAUGUUCAUGACAUUGGAUACACUUGAAGAACGGUUUGAGUGGCUCAAGAUGAAGUAUGAGUGGACCACUAGGAAUGAUAUAUUUAAGUAGUGGCAUAAUACAUGCAUGUGGCAUGUAUAUUGUAUCUUUUUUCAUGACUAUUGCUUAUUUAUCUGCACUUAAUUAAUUUAUGUAAGACUUUAACUAGUUGUGGAGCAUAUCUUAUGAUG